CAAUCCAGUUCCAUUUCCUCCUCAUGAUUUGUGUUUCUGUUGUGUCUUGUCUAGUGAGGUCCCACAGGUUGGCAUUGGAGACGGUGUUAGGCCUAGGAGGCGGUUGAAGAAUAUCUGUAUUUUGUUGAGUAUGUUGGCGGGGAUCUUCCAGGUUUCUGAACUGUAGAGUAAGGUGGAUUUGACGUUUGAGUUGAAGAUUUGCAGCUUGGUCUUGAGUGAUAUGUUUUUUGCUUUCCAGAUUUUAUUUAGGACAAUUGUUUAUUUAAUGGAUCCCCAUUAGCUGACGCCAAGGCGACUGCUAGUCUUCCUGGAGUCCAUAUAGGAGCAUACAAAGAAUACAUACAUUACCAAACAUUAUACAAAGGAAAAAUACAACAUAAGAUAAAAAAGCUAGUUAAACCCAGUAUAAAAAAUUUACGUCAUGUGGGCAGCUGCAAUAGGUGUAUCUUCAAAGCUGUCUUGAAUGACAAUUUACUUUGUGAGAGAUUAAUGUGAGAUGGCAACCGAUUCCAGAAUGAUAUACAUCUAUACAUGACUAUGUUUGAGGAGAUUGGUCCUGGGAGCAGUAAGUGCCAAAUAGCCAUUGCUGGCAUUCCUAGUGUCAUGCAGAGGUGGGUAGUAACGCGCUACAUUUACUCCGUUACAUCUACUUGAGUAACUUUUGGGAUAAAUUGUACUUCUAAGAGUAGUUUUAAUGCAACAUACUUUCACUUUUACUUGAGUAUACUUAUAGAGAAGAAACGCUACGUUUUCUCCGCUCCAUUUAUCUACAUUCAGCUCGCUACUCGCUACUGAUUUUUAUAGAUCUGUUAAUGCACGCUUUGUUUGUUUUGGUUUGUCAGACAGACCUUCAAAGUAGGAUCUGUUUCAGCGGAAAAACAACAACAAGCUUAAGCACAACGUCAAAUUUGAGGAAGCACAUCGCGACUUUCGGCAGCUGAUUGCUCGUCAAGAUGGACUUCCCCUUCAGCCACAGGAGGGGAGAUCCACUUUGAAGCAGCAGGAUCCACAGCCCCCCCACAUCAAAGAGGAAGAGGAGGAACCCUGGAUCACUCACCAGGGAGGAGAGCGUUUUCUAGAGCCAAAGGAUGAUCUCGCUUCAUCACAGUCCAGACGAGGAGCCUCCAAGCAGCAGCUCACUACUACACAUAACAGAAGAUAAUGGAGAUGACUGUGGAGGAUUACAAGCAAAUAACCUCUUAGCUCCACUUUCAGACAGUGAUGACACAAUGUCUCACUGUCUUGAAGACGGACAUGACGCCCAAGAACCUUUGAGCAGCGAUACAGACUACGAAGGUGAUACGAGGACUCACACUGACAACAAAAACUCUAAAUGCUCUGAAAAGAAGAAAGAAAAACCUUUUAGUUGUUCAAUUUGUGGUAAAAUAUUAUCUGAUAAGUCAAAUAUGAAAAGACACCUUAGCACACACAUAGGAGAAAAACCUUUUUGUUGUUCAGUUUGUGGUAAAAUAUUCCUUAAAAAGUCAGCGAUGGUAUACCACAUGAGAACACACACAGGAGAAAAACCUUUUAGUUGUUCUGUGUGUCAUAAAACCUUCUCUUCAAAGUCAAUUAUGUUAUCACACAGGAGAACGCACACAGGGGAAAAACCUUUUAGUUGUUCAGUAUGCUGUAAAACAUUCUCUCAAAAGCCACACAUGGUAUCACACAUGAGAACACACACAGGUGAAAAACCUUUCAGAUGUUCAGUGUGUGAUAAAGCGUUCUCUCUGAAGUCAAAUGUGGUAACACACAUGAGAACACACACUGGAGAAAAACCUUUUAGUUGUUUGGUGUGCGGUGAAAGAUUUUCUCAAAAGACACAUAUGGUAUCACACAUGAGAGCACAAAAAGGAGAAAAACCUUUCUGUUGUAUAGUGUGCGGUAAAUUAUUCUGUCAAAGGUCAAAUCGUGUGGCAAAACACAUGGAAGCGCACACUGCAGAAAUAAACAAUUCAAUUGGUCAGUGUGUGGUGAAAGACUCACAAUGAAGUAAAAUAAAGUGAAACAAAGAAAACCACACAAAUGUAAAAAAAAAAAAAAACAUGUUCUUGACAGCACACAUGGACACAAAAAUUGAGAAAAACGUUAUAGUUGCCCAGCCUGCACUAGUCUGUAGUAUUUGUAGUUUAGAUGGCAAUAGUGAGGAAUUGCCUAAAGAUAUGAAGCAUGGCCAACACUUUUAUCUGAAGGAAGGAGUGGGAAAAACAAGCGAAGAGAAAUAUAAAUGAUAAACCAAGCAGUGAAGAUGCCAUUUGUGAAAAAUGCAAAGUUAUCAUUACACUCACUUGGCUAAAACAAUCGAAAAGGAAUCAAAUAUGCAAAAAUGCUAAAUGACCGAAGCAUUUUAAUUUUAGAAUCAUCAGUAAUUUCAGUUUUAUUUUGGACCACAAUAAAACAAGGCUCCAGCACGCGCGACCCCGAGAGGGACAAGCGGUAGAAAAUGGAUGGAUGGAUAAAACAACCACACGUGCAAUUAAACAGUUGAACGUGUCCAAAA